GCAAAAAUUAACAACAGACAAAACGUUUUUGGUAUCUUUGGCGCCCCUUUUCCAAGUUCUGGAAAGAAAGCUUAAUGUUAAAGUUUCAUUUAAGGCACUAUUUAAAUCUUUAUUAGUUCGCUUCAACAAUUUUAUUUUAUUUAUAAAGGUUCAUUUGGAGAAUAGAAGUAUUUAAAAAUGUUUGAAGCUCGACUAGUUCAAGGAUCGAUGUGGAAAAAGAUUUUGGAAGCAAUUAAAGAUCUACUUAAUGAAGCAAUUUUUGAUUGCUCAAGCACAGGAAUCACCCUUCAAGCCAUGGAUAGCUCUCACGUUAGCCUGGUUUCACUAAGUAUGAAAUCUGAAGGUUUUGAAACCUACAGAUGUGACAGAAAUCUUUCUAUGGGCAUUCAUUUACCCAGGUAA